AUGUCACUAUUCCGUUUCUCUCUCUCUCUCUCUUUAUCUUUAUCUCUCUCUCUCUCUCUCUCUCUCUCUUACACACACUCAGACAAACAACUUUAUUUUGAAGCCUUUCCGAUCCCAAGCUGGAGGCGGUUUAAAAAGAGUCUGGAGCGAAAAGACGAAUGGAUGGCCGGCGUCAUCGAAGAACACAGAGAGACAUUAUCAGAACACAAUGUUCGUGACCUGCUGGACUUCUUACUGCUGGAGCAGAAAAGGGCAAAGGAGGAAGGCAACACAGAAGUACUGAAACUUCUCAGUGAUGUCACAAUAGGGCAUAUUGUAUACGAGCUUUUCGGAGGAGGCAUCGAAUCGACCACAAUGACCAUUCUUUGGUUCAUUAUUUACUUAAUCCACUAUCCAGAGUGGCAAGACAUCAUUUCAGAGGAAGUAUCACAAAGAAUAGAAAAAACCGGGCCACUCUCUCCGUUCGACCGAAAUUGCUGUCCGAAUCUGGACGCCACAAUCAAAGAAACACUGCGAAUGGCAUCAGUGCUGCCACUCGGAUUUCCACACAGAGUCAUGCAAGACUCAGUGGAGCGAUCCGCGAAAAAAGCUUCUGCUUCUGUUUGCUUUCUUCUUCUUCUUCUUCUUCUUCUUCUUCUUCUUCUUCUUCUUCUUUCUUCCACUGCUAUUUUUACUUUUAUUUCUUUACCCGUGUCCAGUAGCUUCUUUUCUGCUGAAAUGCCACCGAAAUUGGUCCCCGUAAAUCGAAUUGCUUCCGCUUCAUUCAUCUCUUCUUACACAUGA